AUGGAGAAGUUUAGGAUCUACAUCAACCAGAAGCAUUCCCUAGCCCUUGCCAACUACCAUGAUCUGUGGAAGUGGUCUGUGGAUGAAAUCGAAAAAUUUUGGACGGCUGUCUGGGACUACACUCAUGUUAUUGCUUCCAUUCCUCCUUCAGGUCCCGUCGUCGAUGGAUCAGCUCCAAUGGAUACUUUCCCAAUCUGGUUUAAAUCCGCUCGUUUGAACUUUGCAGAAAACGCAUUGUGGUGCAAGGAUACGACCAAAACAGCCAUCAUCGCCACAGGAGAAUUGCAAGAGACCCCAAGGAGGAUCUCCUAUGCAGAACUCUACACUCGAGUCCGUCAAUGUGCUAAAGCUAUGCGCAAGGCUGGUGUCGUCAAGGGUGACCGUGUUGCAGGUUAUAUUGCUAAUUGUCCAGAAGCCAUCAUCGCCAUGUUGGCUGCUGCCUCCAUUGGAGCCAUUUGGAGCUCUACCUCUCCUGACUUUGGAACUAUUGGUGUCCUGGAUCGAUUCUCUCAAAUCAAACCAAAACUGUUGUUCUCGGUCAAUGCUGUUGUCUACAACGGCCGUCCUCAUGAUCAUGUUCAAAAGUUGCGUCAGGUCUUGGAAGGAUUGGAAAUGGUGGAAAAGGUCAUCUUGAUCCCUUUCGUUCCAUCGUCACCAUGCGACGCCUCUUCUGUCGAAAAUGGUCUUACCUGGUCCGACUUCCUUGCCACCUCUGGAGAAUCUAUUGAGCCUUUCUCAGCUGUAUCAGCAGAACAUCAGGGUCAGGACCAGCAUCAGAACCAGCAUCUGGAAUUGAUUGAAUUCGAACCCCUACCCUUCAACCAUCCUCUAUACAUCCUCUUCUCGUCAGGGACAACAGGCAAACCCAAGUGUAUAGUUCAUUCCGCAGGUGGCAUGUUACUCCAACACAAGAAGGAGCAUAUCCUUCACGGAAACUUGAAUUCAUCCGAUAUCCUCUUCCAGUAUACUACCACAGGUUGGAUGAUGUGGAACUGGCUUGUCUCGGGUUUGACCUUGGGUGCAACCAUUGUUCUCUAUGAUGGCUCGCCCUUCAAGCCAGGUCCUUCCGCACUCUGGGAUCUGGUAGAGCAAGAAAAGAUCACGGCCUUCGGUACUAGUGCCAAAUACAUCCAAGCCAUUCAGGACGUGAACUACUUCCCCAACAAAUUCAACAACCUUUCGUCUCUUCAUUCCAUUUACUCAACUGGAUCUCCUUUGAAGCCCGAAAGCUUUGACUUUGUUUACGACCAUGUGAAGAAAGAUGUACUCUUGGGUUCAAUUACCGGUGGCACAGAUAUCUGCUCACUCUUCGCAUCCCAUAACGCCGCUCUCCCUGUCUAUCGUGGCGAGAUCCAAUGCCGCUCACUGGGCAUGAAGAUCGAGGCCUGGACUGCUCCAAAGACACCUGUCUUGGGCUCAUCCGGUGACUUGGUUUGCUCUCGCUUAUUCCCCUGUAUGCCCGUCUAUUUCUGGGAUGAUCCAGACAACAAAAAGUACAAGGCUGCCUAUUUCGACAACUACAUUGGCGUCUGGUACCAUGGCGACUUUGUCUGGAUCAAUCCCAAUACGGGUGGUAUCGUCAUGUUGGGACGAUCCGAUGGAACUUUGAACCCCAGUGGCGUGCGUUUUGGAUCUGCAGAGAUCUACAACAUUGUAGACACUUAUCCUGAAGUAGAGGACUCUUUGUGCGUAGGUCAAACGUCACCAGAUGGCACAGAUGAACGUGUGAUCUUGUUCCUAAAGGUGGCUGGAGAGGCCGGCAAGGCCAUGGAUGCGCCAUUGGAUCUAGAAUUGGUCAACAGAAUCAAGACCCAUAUCCGAAACCAGCUUAGCCCUCGUCAUGUACCAGCCGUGGUCCUCAAAAUCGCAGAUAUCCCUUACACCAUCAAUGGAAAGAAGGUUGAAAUCGCUGUCAAGAAGAUCAUUUCUGGUCAAACAGUCGUUCCUUCUGGAACACUCGUCAAUCCUGAAUCAUUGGAUCUUUAUUACAAUAUCCCUGAAUUGAAACAGUAG